UGUCUUUUCUUCAUUAAUGUCAGAAUUUUGUCUAAUGAAAUUGACCAAAUUAAAACUAAUAAGCAAUAUAAGAGCCCGUUCGGAAUUGAGUUUCCGUCCCCGUUUCUGGAUUUAGGGAUGAACAUUUUCAAGAUAUCACCACCCGAUAUCUUUCAUGAUUUUUUGGAAGGUGUUCUUCCCGACGUCGUGCAAGUAAUCGCACAAAAAUCAGGAAUAAGAAAAAAGAAUCUAAUUUCCCGAAUCAAGCAAAUAAAAUGGGUCAAUGGCCCAGUUUCCGUUAUUAACCAAUUGGAAAUAUGCGGAAAUGCUGUCCAGAAAUUAGAGUUCUUUUUCAGACUGAUUGAAAUUUAUCCAGAAUGGCUGAAUAAUCCACCAAACAUUUUUCCACUUUACGAGGUGGUUCGAAAAACAGUUUUUAAAAUCUGUUCUCCAUCGAGCAUUUAUGAUUAUAGCCUCUUUAGAUCAGAGGUGGAAAAAUUCGUAGAGAUGAUGAAAAUCAAUGAGAUAAAAAGAGCAAAAGCUCAUUUUAUCUCUCAUUAUCCUUCAUUGGUUGGAUUUUAUGGUGGCAGUUUAGUAUCGUAUUCAUCUAGAAGAUUCGAACGAAAAAAUAAAGAGGUGAAAAGCCUCAUUUUGCAUUCAAGAAACUUCAAAGAUGUUGCAUAUUCACUAUCUUGGCUUCAUCAAGCCAAAAGAAUUACUGUGAAAAAAACUGCACCAGAAUCGUGGCCCUUGAAUAGGAACAUUGUCCGUGCCAUCGUUCAAGGAGAAUCGGAAGAAGCUAUCUCUUUCAUAAAAGCCAAAGAACUAAAGACUGUUGAUGACAAAAUUCUAGUUUUGGGCGACAAGUUUGACACAACUAUAACAAACUUGUACUUUGUGGAGAUCAUGUGGAGAUCGCAACCGAGUGACCUGGCACUCGAAACAAAUUCUCUUCAAUCCAACAGAUGAUAAUCAAGCCCCUUUUAUUUUCCAUUCGAAAGUGUGUAAUUCUGCAGCAAAAUCGAUUCGAAAUCAAUGGAAGAAAAUACGAUGUGAAAAGAAAGAUAAAAUCUUGCCUGAAGAAAUAGUCCAAGUAAAGAUGGAUAACAAGUAUGUCUAUUUUUAUUGCUAUACUCAGAAUAUGACAAGAGACGGCGAAGAAAUCUCUUGCCAGAAUCGAAUUUAUAAAGUCAGGAAGGGAAGAAACAUCACGAUAAACCAACACACAGUCCACUUCCAAAGAAUGCGAAUCGAAUUUCUCGCCAAUUUAGAUCCAGAAUUGUUGUAAGUCAUAAAUGAUAAAACGUAUAACGAUGAAGAUAGGAGUGUAAUUCUGAAAGAUUUGGAAAAUAUAAUUGAACAAGAACAUCGAGUUGUGACCCAAAUCACUAUUUCUUAUUUGAGAUAUUAUAUGAUCUGAUAAUCUUAUAAGCCAGCAAGAUUUGUUAACAUCAUUGUAUUUUGUCAUCAACGUAGAAAGAGAUUAUCUUAUACUUCUCGAUCAAACUUCUUACAAUAAUUCAUAUUUCAAUUUCAAUCAUAUUUUGGUGCCAAUAAAAAAAAUUAAACGAGAAAAUUUCGGAAAGCAAAAAUAAUUCAGAAAGAAAAAAAGUUUCCGGGAAUCAUUCUAAACAGCAGCAUCAUAUGAGGCUGCGCAAAUCAGUUUGGUUAUUAACCACCAUAAAAGUGGUUUUUUUUUUGCUGCGUAUACCAUAAAAAUAACGAGCCUGGUUCUAAAAAUAAUUUUUUCGUUUCAGCAAACACAAAUACAAACGCAAUAAAAACCAAAGUGGUGUAACAGUAAUAAGUAUAUGAUGAUAUGUGCGCAUUUGAUUUGGAUAGAUGGAUGAUAAUGUGAUUCAAAAAAAAAAAAAAAACAAAAUCGAAUGUAAAUGCGUAUGUUGUUAAACUGAAUGUUGUGUGAAAAUGUAUUUGUGUUUCGUGUGUAUGAGUCAUGCAAAUGAAUUUUGUUUGAAAAUUUUGUUCAUGUGUGUGUUAUGGCGUUCAAAUUAUAACCAGAAAAAAAAUGAAAUCUCUAUUUGGGAUAUUGCAAAAAAAGAAAGGCAAAUCUUCACUUACCGCACUACGCCCCCAUCACACCAGCAUAGAGAAAUGGAUCGAUCGAUUAUCAUCAUAUAUCGGGACAGGAAAUUAUUUGGCCAUCAUCACAAGUACGAAUCGGGAAAAGAAAAAAAUUUUGCUUCUUUUGGGAAAAACUUUGAAGCGAAUUUUAGCACACAAAAACAAAAUAAUUUUCCAACCAACCCGGCCAAAUAAAGUAAUCAACAAAAAAAACAAGUAAUGCUCGAAACAACAGUCGAGCAUAAAAUGAAACAAAAUGGCGAUGAUGGCUGGAUUUUUCAUCAUCGAAUACAAUCGAAAAAGAACAUGCGUAAUAACAAAAAAAAACAGGUCAACGAAUAUAUGGGAGUGGUGAUGGUCAUCAUCAUUAUCACCAAUACUGCUACAACUAUUUUUGUUGGUAUGCUUGCCACAAAUGAAUGGAAGUGAAGAAAAUCAAACUUGUUGUGUGAAGUGUUGUGAACAUUAAAACAAUUUUAUUACAUGAGCAGCAAUGCCUAUUCUCAAUGGCGAAACGAUCAAAAAAAAUGUACAAACAGAGACAAAUAUAUGACAGCCAUAGAUUUGCCCAUAGGCUAUUUAUUUUUUACAGGAUUAUUAUCUCAAACGACCACGAUUUAUGAAAAAAUAUGUGCAAUGCUUUCAAUUAUGUGAUUAGAAUUUUUAUGAGAAAAUAUUCGAUGAUCUUUUAUGGUCAAAUUAGUAGUAUUGAACGUCAAAAAAAUGUCUAAAACUUCCAAAAGAACAUUGUAUACAACCUCAAAGUUGAAAUCGAUGGUGAAAGAAAAUGCAAAAUGGGAAGAGUUUUUAGUGGAGAAAAUAAGUACGAAAUUUUUUUUUUAUCAUCGUCAUGAUUAAUUUUUUUCAUCAUUUUUUAUUUUUU